AUGGCGGUGGCAGUGGGGGUCCGGUGCUCCGGUCCAGGCUGGUUCCUCAGCCUUUCCGCCUUGCCGAGUGUGGCAGCUCCAGGGGCCUUCGCCACCACGCACUGGGUCGUCACGGAGGACGGGAAGACCCAGCAGCAGGUGGAUUCACCUAUGAACUUGAAGCAUCCCCAUGACUUAGUCAUAUUAAUGAGACAAGAAACAACAGUUAACUACCUCAAAGAACUGGAGAAGCAAUUAGUUGCUCAAAAAAUCCACAUAGAAGAGAAUGAGGACAGAGAUACAGGACUGGAACAGAGACAUAAUAAAGAGGAUCCAGACUGCAUCAAAGCCAAGGUGCCCUCAGGGGACCUAGACCUAUAUGAUGGCACAUACAUAACUUUGGAGAGCAAAGAUAUCAGCCCUGAAGAUUAUAUAGACACAGAAUCUCCUGUCCCUCCAGACCCUGAGCAACCUGAUUGUACUAAAAUUCUAGAGCUUCCAUAUAGUAUACAUGCUUUUCAGCACUUGCGAGGUGUACAAGAGAGAGUUAAUCUUUCUGCACCUCUACUACCUAAAGAAGAUCCAAUCUUCACGUAUUUAUCUAAACGAUUAGGAAGGAGUAUAGAUGGCAUAGGUCACCUCAUUCAUGAAGGCCUGCAGAAGAACUCUUCCUCAUGGGUACUAUAUAACAUGGCUUCAUUUUACUGGAGAAUAAAGAAUGAGCCAUAUCAAGUAGUGGAAUGUGCCAUGAGAGCUCUUCACUUCUCAUCCAGGCACAAUAAAGACAUUGCCCUGGUCAACCUGGCGAACGUUCUGCACAGAGCGCACUUCUCUGCCGACGCUGCUGUCGUGGUCCAUGCAGCUCUGGACGACAGUGACUUCUUCACUAGCUACUACACUUUAGGAAACAUAUAUGCAAUGCUUGGGGAGUAUAACCACUCAGUGCUCUGUUACGACCAUGCUUCACAGGCCAAACCUGGGUUUGAGCAAGCCAUAAAGAGGAAGCAUGCUGUCCUGUGUCAGCAAAAACUUGAGCAGAAAUUGGAAGCGCAACAUAGAUCCCUCCAGCGAACACUGAAUGAGUCGAACGAGUAUCAAAAGCAACAUGACCACUACCUGAGACAGCAGGAAAUCCUAGAAAAACAUAGGCUGAUUCAGGAAGAGCAGAUCCUAAGAAAUAUCAUCCAUGAGACACAGAUGGCAAAACAGGCACAGUUAGGAAAUCAUCCGAUAUGCCGUCUGGUCAACCAGCAGCAUAGUUUACAUUGCCAGUGGGACCAACCUGUGCGCUACCAUCGUGGUGAUAACUUUGAAAAUGUGGACUAUGUCCAGUUUGGUGAAGAUUCCUCAACCUCCAGUAUGAUGUCUGUGAACUCUGAUGUUCAAACAAAUCAGAGUGAUAUCAGUGAUUUGGUCCAGUCUUCUCCUGUAGCCCAUUCUGUUCUCUGGAUCUGGGGCAGGGACUCUAAUGCAUAUAGGGACAAGCAGCAUAUUCUGUGGCCUAAAAGAGCUGAUUGUGCAGAAAGCUAUCCUAGAGUCCCCGUUGGUGGGGAAUUGCCAACCUAUUUUCUGCCUCCGGAAAACAAAGGACUCAGGAUCCACGAACUCAACAGUGAUGAUUAUUCUUCAGAAGAAGAGGCCCAAACCCCUGACUGUUCCAUAACUGACAUCAGAAAAAGCCAGACCCUGUCCUACUUAGUCAAAGAAUUAGAGGUCCGCAUGGAUCUGAAAGCCAAAAUGCCAGAUGACCAUGCACGAAAAAUUUUGCUUUCCCGUAUUAAUAACUAUACUAUCCCAGAAGAAGAAAUUGGGUCUUUCUUAUUUCAUGCUAUUAACCAGCCUAAUGCUCCUGUCUGGCUGACCCUCAAUGAAGCUGGACUCUACUGGAGAGCGGUAGGAAAUAGCACUUUUGCUAUUGCUUGUCUUCAGAGGGCUUUGAAUUUGGCCCCCCUUCAAUACCAGGACGUUCCUCUUGUGAACUUGGCCAACCUUUUGAUUCACUAUGCCCUUCAUCUUGACGCCACCAAACUGCUACUUCAAGCUUUGGCCAUCAGUAGCUCUGAGCCCCUGACCUUUUUGAGCCUGGGAAAUGCUUACCUCGCUCUGAAGAAUAUCAGUGGGGCACUUGAGGUGUUUAGACAGGCUUUGAAAUUAACUACCAAAUGCCCCGAGUGUGAGAACAGCCUGAAGCUGAUCCGCUGUAUGCAGUUUUAUCCCUUUCUGUACAACAUCACCUCUUCUGUCUGCAGUGUAAUCCUAUUUAUUGAUGGUUGCUUUGCCAAGUUCCAUUGA